CGUCAUGGCUCUCCCUCUCCCCUCAGAGGCUAUGGCGUUUUUUGAAUGGACGACGACGCUGACAAUCAGCGCAUCCUUCUUGUCCUUAUGUCUGUGUCUCCGCUUUAGGCGGACCGCGCAGAGAUUUGGGAGGAAACUGUUUCGCGGCGUAAUGGCUCGCUCGGAGAAGCCGCUGUUCAGAAUCGCGUACUUGCUGUACACCAGGACCAGACUUGGCUACAUGUUCUACAAGAGACAAAUGAGGAGAGCCAGGGAACGCUACCCCGCCGGACACUCCACAGCUCUUCCCAAGGAAUUUAGCGGUAUGAAAAUAAUUCCCAUAUCUGUACUAUCAGACAACUACAGCUAUCUCAUCAUAGACACCACCUCCAGCGUUGCAGUGGUUGUAGACCCGGCAGACCCUCAGACUGUUCAGGCAGCCAUCCAGGAGGAAGGAGUGAGACUAGAAGCCAUACUCUGUACACACAAGCAUUGGGAUCACAGCGGGGGAAACAAAUGGCUGAAAAGGCUUCAUAACUCAUGUCGAGUUUAUGGAAAUGCAGCUGAUAACAUUCCCGGUCUGACACACCCUCUGUCACAUAAGGACUCGGUAACAGUUGGCUGUUUGCACUUCACGGCCCUGUUUACGCCAGGUCACACGGUGGGUCACGUGAUCUACCUUCUGGAUGGCCGGGCACUCGGUGCCCCCUCAAGCCUUUUCUCUGGUGACCUGGUCUUCCUGUCAGGAUGCGGGAGGAUGUUUGAAGGCAGCGCCACCACAAUGCUGUCAUCUCUGGAUACAGUCAGCUCCUUAAAUGACGACACUCUUCUUUGGCCCGGUCAUGAGUAUGCAGAGGACAAUCUGCUGUUUGCUGCUGAGGUGGAGCCACACAACGCUGUCAGGGAAAACAAAUAUCAGUGGGUUCUGCAGCGCCGAGGCCAGAAAAUGUGCACGAGUCCCUCCACUAUCGGAGAAGAGAAGGCGUACAAUCCUUUCCUGCGCAGCCACAUUGCCGAGCUCCAUCUGGCGCUAGGCCUCCGGCAACUGGAGGAGGAGGACUGGAAUCAGUUCCGGGCUCGGGUGCUGGAGGAGCUACGCAAAAACAAAGAUCGGUUCAACAGGCGAUAAAGAAGAGCUGAUGCCAGACCAUGGAACCGCCAUGUGAGCUCAGCUAUCUUGGUUGCUACUGUAACAGUAGAUUGUUUGAAGAGUUUCUUGGGGGGUUUAUGUUCUGGUACUCACACCGUAAGAACGGAAGAAACACAAAUAAUUGCUGCACUCAUCACUAAUUUUACCCUUUUUGUAAAAUGUGUGGUUCAUUAGGUACUCGCUACUAAUAAAUAUUGAAAGGUAAGAUGCAAUCUGAGUGAGGCUACCACGGCAACCAUACAUCCGUCUCCUGUCUCCUGGCAUUCACCUGGUUGUCCCAGCUGUGUGAAGAGGCGUGUCUCCAAGCUGCAUCUAGUUCCAGUAAGGAUUUACAAUCAUAUGUUCAGUUUUUGCGGCUGAAUUGUAAGAAAAUUAACUUUACAUCACAUUGUUAGGUACAUGUAUGCUGUGUUAUUAUUAUGCUGUACAUUUUUUAUGGUUCAUCAUCACAUAUGGAGAAAAAAAAAAAUACAAAUUUUCGAAAAGAAAAAGCACAAAUGAGCAGAAUUUUCUCAUGCAGAAUUGCAAAUAAGCGGGAAUCCACUGUACAUCUGUUGUUUACAUUUACAUGACAUGUGUUUUUCCCAUCAGUGACUAUUAGGGGUGUGAAUUUUUGGGCACCUAACGAUUCGAUUCGAUUCUCGGGGUGACGAUUCAAUUCAGAAUCGAUUAUCGAUUCAAACCGAUUCUCGCAAUUUAUUAUUUGCUAUAAUUGUAAUGAACAUUUUUCAAAACAGGUUAGAAAAGCUCAUUCUGGUUGUCAGAGAUAGCCUUAUAACGUCAUUUAAAAUGUUUUU